AUGUCUUCAGCAGUAAAAGCCACAGGAAAGACCCAAAAGAAACAUACUGAAGCUCUUAAGAGUGUUCAAGUUUUCGGAAAGAAAAAGACAGCUAUUGCAGUAUGCCUUUGUAAAGAAGGAAAAGGUAUGAUUAGAGUUAAUGGUGUUCCACUUGAUCUCAUUAACCCACCAGUAUUAAGAAUUAAAGUCUUUGAACCAUUAUUCAUUGUUGGAAAAGAGAAUUAUGCUAAAUUAGACCUUAAAAUCAGAGUUACUGGUGGAGGACAAGUUGCCCAAGCUUAUGCUAUUAGACAAGCUAUUGCCAAAGCUCUUAUUGCUUAUAACCAAAAGUUUGUUGAUGAAACUACAAAGAAUGAACUUAAGGCUAAAUUCCUUGAAUAUGAUAGAACUCUUCUUGUUGCUGAUCCAAGAAGAUGUGAAGCCAAGAAGUUUGGUGGACCAGGAGCUCGUGCUAAAUACCAAAAAUCAUACAGAUGA